UGGGCGCUGAGCUCGGGAGGCGGCGCCGUUCGAGGCAGCGCGGGGUCCGUGGUGCGGAGCAGGACGCACCACUGCCUCCCUCUGACACCAGAGUCCAGAUCGAAGGAGGCCCUGAGCAGGCAGCCUUGGCCACCUCUGAGUGAGUCUCUGUCCUGGGCCAGGCGCGAUGGCAGAGAAGGUGCUGGUAACGGGUGGGGCUGGCUACAUCGGCAGCCACACCGUGCUGGAGCUGCUGGAGGCGGGCUAUGCGCCCGUGGUCGUCGACAACUUCCAUAAUGCCAUUCGUGGAGGGGGCUCCAUGCCUGAGAGCUUGCGGCGGGUUCAGGAGCUGACAGGCCACUCUGUGGAGUUUGAGGAGAUGGACAUCUUGGACCAGGCAGCCCUACAGCGUCUUUUUAAGAAGCACAGCUUCACAGCGGUCAUCCACUUUGCUGGGCUCAAGGCUGUGGGCGAGUCGGUGCAGAAGCCUCUGGAUUAUUACAGAGUUAACCUGACAGGAACCAUCCAGCUUCUGGAGAUCAUGAGGGCCCACGGGGUGAAGAACCUGGUGUUCAGCAGCUCGGCCACCGUGUAUGGGAACCCCCAGUACCUGCCCCUGGAUGAGGCUCACCCCACAGGUGGCUGUACCAACCCCUACGGCAAGUCCAAGUUCUUCAUCGAGGAAAUGAUCCGGGACCUGUGCCAGGCAGACAAGGCCUGGAAUGCAGUGCUGCUGCGAUAUUUCAACCCCAUAGGCGCCCACGCCUCGGGCUGCAUCGGCGAGGAUCCCCAGGGCAUCCCCAAUAACCUCAUGCCCUAUGUCUCCCAGGUGGCGAUUGGACGACGGGAGGCACUGAAUGUCUUUGGCAACGACUAUGACACAGAGGAUGGCACAGGCGUCCGGGAUUACAUCCAUGUCGUGGAUCUGGCCAAGGGCCACAUCGCGGCCUUGAGGAAGCUGAAGGAGCAGUGUGGCUGCCGGAUCUACAACCUGGGCACAGGCACGGGCUAUUCGGUAUUACAGAUGGUCCUGGCCAUGGAGAAGGCCUCGGGGAAGAAGAUCCCGUACAAGGUGGUGGCCCGGCGGGAAGGCGAUGUGGCUGCCUGUUAUGCCAACCCCAGCCUGGCCCUCAAGGAGCUGGGCUGGUCAGCAGCCUUAGGGCUGGACAGGAUGUGCGAAGAUCUAUGGCGCUGGCAGAAGCAGAAUCCUUCAGGCUUUGGCGCGCAGGCCUGAGACCCUCACCUACCAGGGACCAGGAAAGGAAGAGAAACAACUGCCUGCUCUCCAGCCUCUGGCAGGAACCCAGGGGCCUCAGAGCCUCCCCUACCUCAG